AUGUCGGACAUCGUAGAAGACGACAAGCGGAGCGAAGCUUCGCCGAAGCCAUCCCAAUUAACUCCCUUCAGUAUCGCUGACAUCCUCAGCAGAAGAACCUCUUACACGGAGCGACGAGCCUCAGAGUCCGAGGAAGCGCAAGGUGCAUCGUCGUUCGCGAAGAAGCCUCAUCAACGGGACUACGAUUGUCCCGAGACCGAUCACAGGGAAAGUCAGUUAGAAGAUCGUGGUCAGAUGGCAAGAUUCGCGAGGCUACCUUCGCCGGACCUCAGCGUGGCCCGAGAGCUGGAUAUCCUGACGAGGAACCUGGUCCACGCGAAUAUCUCCAACUUUGGGACUAUUCCACACUUGGCUCAGGGAACUUUCAAGCACCUCGAGAGCCUGGGGAACAUGGGUGGUUAUCAGCCGGUGAAGGACUCGAGGGAAUCUUCGCAGAGGCAGCAGGACGAGGCAUUGGACAUGAGCAAGAAUAAAUACUUGGAGGACGGCGAGGAGGACAUGUUCGAGGCGCAGAAUCACGGGCAGAAUCUUCAGAGCAGGAAGAAACGAAGCAGAGCGGCGUUCUCGCAUGCACAGGUUUACGAAUUGGAGAGAAGAUUCGCCGCACAGAAAUACUUGUCCGGCCCGGAACGAGCGGAUCUCGCGCGGGGGUUGAAGCUGACGGAGACUCAAGUGAAGAUCUGGUUCCAAAACAGACGGUACAAGACCAAAAGACGACAGCAGCAGGAGCUGGGCGCGCUGGUUAAUUCCGGAAACGCGAGGCGCGUGGCGGUGCGAGUCCUCGUGCAUCCGGACGAGCAUCUGAGGGGAUUGCCACUUCGUGGUUCCGGCCAACUUCCCGGGCAAAUGUCUGCCCCGCAAAUUCAUCCGGCGAACAAAGCGCUCGGCGGUUUCCCGUACUACUGUCUCCCCUAUCAUCCCCUGCUCUGCCCGCCCCUGCACUCCACUCAUAUUCAGGUGCAAAACACGAUCGCGCCGGACCUCGAUCCGAGCCAGCUGGCGAAACUGAACGACGAGAAGUAA